AUGGUGGCCCUCCAGUUGGCCACGUGGGCUCCGCUGCGAGCGUCACCCCCGCGGUUCGUGCUGCGCCGCGCCCAGGGUCUCGCCGAGGCACCCUCGGCAGCCACCAGGCCCGCGGCUCGCGUGCACCGAGUGCCGCACGCCGAGGCGGACACCGACGGCCCUCGCUCCGCAGCACGCCUGGCCGCCCGCGGGGCCGUGCCGGGGCCCACCAGGCCCUGCGCACCGCCCAACUGGGCGGACGCCCUGCCCGACCGCACCAGGGUGACGGUCAUCAGCCAGGUGCGCAACCCGAUCAACGGCCACCACGGUACUGUCAUCGGCCACGCGGAGGAUCAAAACCAGUAUGGGGUGGUCCUGCUGACCACAGGCCUCUCCGACCGACAGCGGUACAGACUGAUCUGGGAGGGCAACUGCGCCAGCCUGGGGGACGGCUGGGGCCCGAUCGUCCACCCGGCCGACUGCGAGGACGCCGCGCGGGCGCUGUCCCGUGAGCUACGGCUCGCGGAUCACCGCCUCCGAGUGACCAAGGACGCCAAGAGGCCCGAAGGCUGCUACCUCCUGGACAACGCCGAGGACGGCACGCGAACGCUGUGGCUCGGAGUGAACAAGAACAACCACGGCCGCGGCGCCGACACCUCGGAGUCGGCGCCCUUCGCGGGAUCCGCCGCGGGCCACCGGGUGGUCCUGCUGCGCGAGCCAAUCUGCGCGCGGGUGCGGCCACCGGCGCUCAGGCACGAGGUGCGGCCCAUCGCCGCUACCGACGCGGACCCUCCACUGCCGCCUGCGGCGGGGAGCAGCGAUGCAGGCCGCGACGCCGUCGGCCUGGAGGCUGUGGAGUUGUGCGGUUUGCUGCGCGAGACGUGCAGGCUUUCGCGCCUCAUGGUAACCAAGAUCCAGACGUCUCGUGCCGUCAAGGUCAACAUGCGGGUUAAUGUGUUGGAAGUCUCAGUGAUCGACCAAGUUCGAGAGCGGUUUUCAGCCAUAUUCACGGUGGAACUAUUUCAUGUCGAGCCGAUGUUGAAGGACUUUAGAACUGACGUGACCUACAUAUCUGACGGCGAACGUAAGGUUGAACGCAAGUGCCAAGUUGUCGGGUCGUGGAAAUACUCCGCAAACGGAAAGAUGAAGAUUGUUUGUGAAAGCGGGGAGGAGUUGGAGCUUGCGCUCACGCGCAUACAGAAGAUUGGACAGCCAGACUGGAACAAUUGCAAACUGUUCAAGCCCGCAUUCACCUUCGGAAACGCCAUUUCAAGGGUGGAAGUCAUGGAACACACGCGUGCGCUGGAGUAUUGCAGCAGUGUGGGAGGCCAUGUUUUCGAGAUGUACAAGUAUCAGGGGACUUUUUGGGAAAGGUUCGACUUGGCCGCGAUGCCGUUCGACAGGCAGAUGCUGAGGAUAUCCAUCUACGGCGAAGAGCCACUCUGGCGGCAGCAGCUGGCCCCAUUCAAGGACGGUUCUGCAGAAGGGUCCCACAGCGAUUACGGCGUUCCCACAGAGUGGCAGAUUGAUCGGGAUGUGUAUGUUGAGGACACAAAGGUACCGUCAGCUCGAUUGAUAGCGUGGGAGCUCGACGACGACUCCUUCAGGUCCGUCCUCGAAAUCGUCGUUCACGUGAAACGCGUGCCGACUUUCUACCUGUGGAACGUCGUGGGUAUCAAUUUCAUCCUUACCCUAUCGACAGCUGCUUCUUUUGCCUCGGCUCCAGACGACUUCAACGGACGGUCAGAGAUUCAGUUUUUACUCCUGUUGACCACUGUCGGUUACAAGCUCGUCACAGUAGCGUGGUUGCCAGUCAAGUCGUACAUGACAUGGAUGGAUAUCUACAUAUUUAUCAAUUUCGGCGUACAGAUUUUCCUCAUCGCUCUGACAUUUUUCUGCAUACAGAUGGCGUGCACAUUGGUUUACGACGCUGAUGGCGAUUGGACGGACGGGGCAUACGACGGAAUCUACUGGUGGCGAACCGCGCCCGACCGAGAGUGCUGGCCCGACCUGUACAAAUUCCAGGAGUUUGUUGCCGUGCUGGUCUACGGGGCCUGGAUCAUCGGGCACUCGGUGUUCUUGGUCACCCAUUUGUGCGGGCACACAGAGUGCCUAUUCGGGGACUGGACUCGCGUGUACGACCGCAAGCGCAUGCUCGGAGGGACGGUCACGUGCUACGACCAGUUUCCUUACGGCGACUCUGGGAGACGAUCAUCUACUGACACCAUCUACUCGGAGGGGAUAGCCAUAUCGCCCUGUUCCGAACAUCCGGUUCGCGACGUGCGCCUCCCCCCCGCUCGUGCCGCCUUCUUAUGUUGGUUUCCGCCUUUUCCCCCUACACACAAUCUCCUUCUCACCCGAAGGGUGGUCGUGUAG